AUGCGUUGUCCAAUUGAAAAUGCAUCGCAUGAGAAGGGCGAAUCCCUAAUUACAUCUAGGCAGACCCCAGCUGUCUCAGGGCCACCAAUCCCGUCUUUCAUCUUGGUUAAGCCAUGGACGCCAGCAGAUAUUCCGAAGUCAAUGCCACCUCUUCCUAAAAUCACGAAUCCUGUCCUGGAAUUGGCGGCCUUCACCCAUGUAGGCAUGACCAAGCACAAAUCGGAUCUGAGUUACGACCGCCUUGAGUGGCUUGGAGACGCCUAUGUCGAGUUGAUCUCGUCUUCACUCAUUUUUCAAACUUUUGGAGGCAUGACAACGGGCCAGUGCUCGCAGAUCCGAGAGCUUCUGAUUCGCAAUGCCAACCUGGGAGAAUACUCAACGCACUACGAGCUUUUUGAAAGAGCCAACUUGCCGCCUGAAUUCAAGCCCAGAGGCAACCAGCCGGCCGUGGCAAAACCACAUGAGAUCAAAAAGGUCCGCGGUGACUUAUUCGAAGCAUACGUCGCCGCCGUGGUUCUCUCCGAUCCCACCAAUGGUCUCACUCGAGUUGCAGAGUGGCUCAAGACACUAUGGGCAACGACCAUCAAGGACCAGAUCAGGUCGGUUGCCAAGACGCCCGGACUGCAGACAGUCAAGGAGCUUGGCGCGACUGUGACCGAGGAGUCUAAACUACCCCCAAAGGUGCUUCUGAGCCAGAUUAUCGGGGCAAAGGGCAUCAAUAUCCGCUACGAGGACUUGUCCAAGCCGAAUAAGAAAGACAAGUACAACAAUAAGCUGGCUCUCUUCACCGUAGGAGUCUUUCUUGACGGAUGGGGCGAGAAGAACAAGCUCCUCGGAACCGGAAGCGACCUAAACAAGAAGGAGGCGGGCCAAAAGGCAGCGCAGAUGGCACUGAAUAACAAGAAAUUGUUGAAGGUGUAUCAGGAUAAAAAGAAGGCUUUCCUGGAUGCUCUUGGGGAGACGUAG